GAGAAGGUAAUGUUCAAUAUAUUUCUCAAGUCUAUCUCAGGUGUGUUAAAUAACUUUCAGAACAUUGGUGUAGAUGUAAAUAUGGACUUAAUUCAAAUCAGCUCGAACACACAAACAAAUUGAUUUAGACCAGUACUUGGUUAUUGUGAGGCAGACUGUCGUUGUAAGUGUGAUAGCUAUCACAGAGCGGAGAUACUGAGUUAUAUAUCGAACUCGUUUGGCUGUAGUGGACACCCGUUCACUGAGUGGACCUCCGUUUAGUGAGUGGACCUUCAGUUUAUUGAGUAGCCUCCGUUUAUUGAGUGGACUUAAGUUCUUUGUGUGGACCUCCGUUUAUUGAGUGGACCUUCAGUUCAUUGAGUGGACCUUCAGUUCAUUGAGUGGACCUUCAGUUCAUUGAGUGGACCUUCAGUUCAUUGAGUGGACCUUCAGUUCAUUGAGUGGACCUUCAGUUCAUUGAGUGGACCUUCAGUUCAUUGAGUGGACCUUCAGUUCAUUGAGUGGACCUUCAGUUCAUUGAGUGGACCUCUUUUUUUUUUUUAAUAUUCCAGCGUUUAAAUCCUUGAACGACUGCUUGUGUGGCUUACACCAGAAAAGUCUUGGUUUUUGAGGUUUCACGAAGGUAAAUUAAAAAUUAAAAUUACACAGGAGAUUCAUACUUUGUUGAUUUAAAUAAAAAUACAAUGUUUCAUUCAGUCUAAUGCCUUACUGGUUUAAAUGCUUUUGUUAGGUCUGUUAUAUGACCCAAAUGACAUAUCCAAUGACAUAUCCAAUGCCAUAUCCAAUGACAUUCCCAAUGACAUAUCCGAUGACAUAUCCAAUGACAUAUCCAAUGACAUAUUCAAUGACAUAUCCAAUGACAUAUCAAAUGACAUAUCCAAUGACAUAUUCAAUGACAUAUCCAAUGACAUAUCCAAUGACAUAUCCAAUGACAUAUCCAAUGACAUAUCCAAUGACAUAUCCAAUGACAUAUCCAAUGACAUAUCCAAUGACAUAUCCAAUGACAUAUCCAAUGACAUAUCCAAUGACAUAUCCAAUGACAUAUCCAAUGACAUAUCCAAUGACAUAUCCAAUGACAUAUCCAAUGACAUAUCCAAUGACAUAUACAAUGACAUAUACAAUGACAUAUCCAAUGACAUAUCCAAUGACAUAUCCAAAGACAUAUCCAAUGACAUAUCCAAUGACAUAUCCAAUGACAUAUCCAAUGACAAAAGAGGAGCGUGUGGGUGUCCGUCCCAGGGUGCAUGUUUUUCUAUUUAUUUAAGGGUGAGGGCCAUUUUGGCCAACUUUAGAGGGUUUUUUUUUUUACGUGGAGUGAAGUGGUUCUCAAAAAUCUUGUCACACCCCGGGUGCCACUAACCCUUCCAAGGGCGCCACCAUCUCUAUCUACACCACUGCGUAAAACCUUAUAAAAUACAUUACCACGUCACUCAAAUCCAUUUUACCAACAUGUGUUAUAGCUUAUUUUUAAAAACAUAUGAUCAUUAAGAAAAGUAUGCCUUAUAAGAAUUUCGAUUACCCCACUGAAACUAAAAAGUCCAGACCGUUGUCAACACAUUUAAUCCCUGAUCUAGAACACCUUCCAGGUCGAUCUAUUGAUUUCCUAGAGUGUUAAAUGCCCUAAAUUAAAUCCCCCCCCCCCCUUUUUGGUUUGAACCGAUUGUAUGGGGCUCCCUUUGUUGAAGUAAAUGUGGUGCUUGCUGCACUGUGUGAUACUGUCGUCACGAGUUCUAGUUAAAUCUGGAACCUUUAAUAUCAUGCACCGACCGCCGGACCCCCCCCCCUCUCGCUAACCCCCUCCCUGGGUCUGAUAAACAUGUCAACGUGCCUGGGACGUCUUUGAUCCAUAAGCCUUAGGUUUGAACCGAUUGGAUGGGGCUCCCUUUGUUUAAGUAAAUGUGGUGCUUGCUGCACUGUGUGAUACUGUCGUCACGAGUUCUAGUUAAAUCUGGAACCUUUAAUUUCAUGCACCGACCGCCGGACCCCCCCCCCCUCUCGCUAACCCCCUCCCUGGGUCUGAUAAACAUGUCAACGUGCCUGGGACGUCUUUGAUCCAUAAGCCUUCGGUUAAAUGUUGAAUGGGAAACAAUAUAAUGAGCAAACAAUGAUCGCAUAGCGUUUAAAAUUCUUAGUAGUCAACCGCUGCUUUUAGUCGCUGUCUCGUGUGGGAGAUGUUGCUUUAUACUGAAGCUCAUUGACCGAAAAGUCGAGGUAAUUUAAUUGUUGACAUCUAUGCGAAUGGAAUUAGUAUGGACGGGGUAUGCGAUUUUACUCUCAAUUAUGUUGUCUUGAUUGUGUUGUCCUUAUUGUGUUGUCUUUAUUGUGUUGUCCUUAUUGUGUUGUCUUUAUUGUGUUGUCCUUAUUGUGUUGUCUGUAUUGUGUUGUCCUUAUUGUGUUGUCUGUAUUGUGUUGUCCUCAUUGUGUUGUCUGUAUUGUGUUGUCCUCAUUGUGUUGUCCUUACUGUGGUGUCCUUAUUGUGUUGUCCUUAUUGUGUUGUCUUUAUUGUGUUGUCCUUAUUGUGUUGUCUUUAUUGUGUUUUGUUUAUUCUGUGUGCUGUUUCAUUGUAUUGUGUUUGUUAUUUUGGCUUUCGCAUACCUCGGUCUUACAAGUAAUUCCACAAGGCUCGAAGGCAGUGCAGGCUCUACUCUAAUAUGCCUACAAUCUACUUGUAGGAAAAGCAGGAGAUAUAUUAUAUAACCCGGGUUUGACACCCGGCGGAAAACUGAAUCAAACCAUGAUAUUCACUGGGUGUGACACAGCUAAAAAUAGAAUCCAAGCAUCAUUAACCCUUGUUCACUCUUUACUCAGAAGAAUCGCAGAUUUUCGUUGGGUUUUUUUUUGUUGUCAUUCGUCCUACACGGGCGAAGAUGACGAGACAAUAUUUCACGGCUAGUACCUGCAGGUGGCAGAUUGAAGGUGUUAAGCACGGGGUUUUGUAACAUUUUUUUUUUUUGCAUCGCCGAAACCCUCCUCGAUUUCAAAAUAUUUCUAGCAUAACCCCACCCCCUUACCUCCCGCCCCCCUUCCCCCCUCGCACCCCUUACCUCCCCACGCCCCUUACCUCCUCACUCCCCGACAUAAGAUCCUCAUCUAAACAUUUUACUCUAAAUAUAAUUAUAUCUUAGUUUUGCCCGCAUGACCCUCUUGUUCAUUGACAAAGACGUGAGAAUACUGUUCCCAUUUUAUGAAAGUGCCACUAAAGAGAAGUUCUUAUCUUUAUGUAUAUCCUCACUGACCAGCUUGAUGGAUUCCAGAAACUUCAGAAACUUUUGGUGCCCGUCCGUAUAUUUCUGCUCAAAAUAUUUCCCAACCCUCAACUCAGCAAGUUCAUUGGUCAAAACGUCAGGGGUUUUAUUCCGAGGUCUUUCAAGGCCCCCCCCCCCCAACCCCACUUUUCCUUUCUCUGUGUCUUAUAUUUCAUAACCGUUAUUUGACAUGUUCUCGUGAUCUUUGUGAAGAUCAAGAUCAAAAGUUGUCAACAAAAGGUGCCGCCGUGGAAUUGUGGUUCAAAAUCUGAUGCAAGAGUUCGAUUGAAAAAAUUAUUGAUUUUUCCUUUCAAAAGCUAUCGAUCUUGAUAGAAUUUGAUUUUCAGCAGUUAAACUUACUGCGGAAAAAUACUUGCUAGGAAUACAAGUAUUAAUAAAUGUACAGAAAAAUAAUACCAGUUAUGUUGUGGUAGUUAACAACAAUGCAUCGUGCACGUUAUUUAACCAUCAUAAUUUCAUUUCAGUGUAAACCAAAGAAUCACACUGCACGUCAACAAAUCAACUAUUGCAAGUGUUGGUGAUUUUCUGAAUAAAGAAAUUAUUUUCAGAUAUUAACUUAUUAUCUCUAUUUGAUGUGAUACAAAAAAAAAAAAAAAAGACGAAAACGAAUUGAAGACAGUUUAUGAUGACGUCGCCAAAUGUGCAGCUGGCUGGCUUCAUGACAACCAAUGUGGACAAAAUGUCCAUCAAUGAGGACUUUUUGUCGGCGUCUUCCCAGAUGUUGUCCAAGUUAUUAAAUACAGACGUGAAGGUGAGUGACCCCAGUGCGAUGAUCAAGCUUAAAAUGCGACUUUUUUUUUUGUAAUAAUUGUCAGGUAUUGUAUAUUUCAUUCAUUAUCAAUAUCUGUUCGCAACUCUUAAUAAUGAAUGUGUUUAGUCAUUUAUUUCCCUCCAGGUUCGAAUAUUUAUUUUAAGCCUAAUGGCCGCGUUGGUUGCAGAGAGUUUUCAACCCUAUCGACUCCACGCUUUAUUCCACAAAUAAAGAAAAACAUAUUUAUGAAGUCUUAACACAUUCCAAAAAUAAAGAUCAACAUAUUUAUGAAAUCUUAACACAUUCAACAAAUAAAGACAAACAUGUGUUUGCCUUUUGAAGUCUGAACUCAUUCCAAAGCUUUCCCUUCUCUGUUCGCAGCAUGUCUGAUAUUUUAAAAUUCUUGCAAUAGAAAAGUCUUGGAAUACAAAUUCGAACAAUGAAGCGACUACGAGAGCAAACAGAUUGUUCUAUGCAGCUACAAAUAAAAAUCUUUUUUUUUAAAUCCUCGUCUCUUACAAAUGAGUGAACUCAUUUUUUUUUUUUUUUUAUGACUAAGUUUAGAAUUUUUAGUUUUGAUAAAGACACUAUUUUAAUCCGGUAGGAUAACAUUUUUCUAAUUGACUGAACUAAAGAAGUGAGUGUUUACUAAAACAAUUGUUGGGAACUUAUGCAUUUCCAGAACGUGACGUGUUGUGAAUUAUAAUUAUUUACUUUCCAGAACGUGACCCUUGAACUCCAGACCAACGUCGCCAUGAUGAGAGCUGCCUCCACCGCCCCGAUGUUCAACAUAAAACUGUUUCACAACUCGGACCAAGUGGACAGCGGGACGAAGUUCGACUACGCUAGAAAAGUCGCCGGCUGGCUAGCCAAACAGAUCAGGGUACCCGAAGACAGGUCAGUCCUUGUCCCCGUGUGGCUGUCACGGUCGAAUCGCGUGAUUUUGCUUUGUGUCUGGGGUUGAUGUUAUUAGAGUGAGCGAUAGUGUUUUUUUCCGUUAGUUUUUCCCCUUGUUCCCAACGAAUUGUCCCAGCCAGCUAUGACCGUGGCAGCGUGUUGAAGACAAACCACAUGAGGAAAAAAAUGAGUGUGAAUGAUUGUUGUGUUGAGAGUGACGCGUGCUGUGGAUUUAGGAGUGACAGGGGCCAUUGCUGUGGUUGUAGGAGUGACAGGGGCCAUUUCUGUGGAUGUAGGAGUGACAGGGGCCAUUUCUGUGGAUGUAGGAGUGACAGGGGCCAUUUCUGUGGAUGUAGGAGUGACAGGGGCCAUUUCUGUGGAUGUAGGAGUGACAGGGGCCAUUUCUGUGGAUGUAGGAGUGACAGGGGCCAUUUCUGUGGAUGUAGGAGUGACAGGGGCCAUUUCUGUGGAUGUAGGAGUGACAGGGGCCAUUUCUGUGGAUGUAGGAGUGACAGGGGCCAUUUCUGUGGAUGUAGGAGUGACAGGGGCCAUUUCUGUGGAUGUAGGAGUGACAGGGGCCAUUUCUGUGGAUGUAGGAGUGACAGGGGCCAUUUCUGUGGAUGUAGGAGUGACAGGGGCCAUUUCUGUGGAUGUAGGAGUGACAGGGGCCAUUUCUGUGGAUGUAGGAGUGACAGGGGCCAUUUCUGUGGAUGUAGGAGUGACAGGGGCCAUUUCUGUGGAUGUAGGAGUGACAGGGGCCAUUUCUGUGGAUGUAGGAGUGACAGGGGCCAUUUCUGUGGAUGUAGGAGUGACAGGGGCCAUUUCUGUGGAUGUAGGAGUGACAGGGGCCAUUUCUGUGGAUGUAGGAGUGACAGGGGCCNUGUGGAUGUAGGAGUGACGGGGGCCAGUUCUAUGGAUGUAGGAGUGGCAGGGGCCAUUGCUGUGGAUGUAGUAGUGACAGGGGCCAUCUCUGUGGAGUUAGGAGUGACCAGGGUCAUUGUUGUGGAUGUAGGAGUGACAGAGGCCAUUGCUGUGGAUGUAGGAGUGACAGGGGCCAUUGCUGUGGAUGUAGGAGUGAGAUUUUAGUUGGAUAUACUUAUUUCUUGUGUUCUAUGCAUUUUCAAUCCCUAUGCACACCAAGAGAUAAAAUACAUGAACCUGAACCGUUUCACUGAGUUGCGUUUAAUGAAUUCUUACGACACAUCAGCUCUGCAGGAGCUUGAAGGAAAUGAGUUUCUUUUACUCUGACAUUGCUCAGCGGCCACAACGAAGGGGACCUAACUUCUAGACAACGUACCAUCCACCACAGUGGUCUCGUUGUUCGACUUAUUUCAAUUUUUGAGGAUCAGGCAUCUCCCCUUUCCUACUGCUGAUGAGAUCCUUUUCUGACGGCGCUUCGUCGGCCAGAGAGGUCCUAGCAUCUUCCCAAGUCUCUUGUGCUCAUGCUGGCCGCCACCGUAGCUUCGUUCAGAGAGGUCCUAGCAUCUUCCCAAGUCUCUUGUGCUCAUGCUGGCCGCCACCGUAGCUUCGUUCAGAGAGGUCCUAGCAUCUUCCCAAGUCUCUCGUGCUCAUGCUGGCCGCCACCGUAGCUUCGUUCAGAGAGGUCCUAGCAUCUUCCCAAGUCUCUUGUGUUCAUGCUGGCCGCCACCGUAGCUUCGUUCAGAGAGGUCCUAGCAUCUUCCCAAGUCUCUUGUGCUCAUGCUGGCCGCCACCGUAGCUUCGUUCAGAGAGGUCCUAGCAUCUUCCCAAGGCUCUUGUGCUCAUGCUGGCCGCCACCGUAGCUUCGUUCAGAGAGGUCCUAGCAUCUUCCCAAGUCUCUCGUGCUCAUGCUUGCCGCCACCGUAGCUUCGUUCAGAGAGGUCCUAGCAUCUUCCCAAGUCUCUCGUGCUCAUGCUGGCCGCCACCGUAGCUUCGUUCGUUUACGGUCUUGUGGCCCAAGAGCGGAGAUCUGCAUUCUUUGUACUCUCUGCAUGCCACGUCCCUGAGAAUGCGACAUGGGUCCAAUCGUCUCGGUGUUGCCGAGACGAAGACGUCAACGCUCGGGUUAAGUGAAGAACUUGCUGCAUUUUGGCACAUUCCAGAACAUCAAUGUUGAGCACUUUGACCUGUCAUCGAAUGCUUGGGCUUCACCCUGGUCAACUCUGGUGAAACCCCUUGAAUUCACCGUGGUCAACUCUGGUAAAGGCCACUGAGUGUCCAUUGCUGGCCCGUAUGUGUAGUUCACAACGCGCUGCCCAGGCGAAGUUCACUGAGCACGCAUGACCGGUACGGCUAAGAAAUUAACCAAUCCAUGCAAUGUUCAUAUAUACGGCUAAAAAAUUAACCAGUCAAUUCAAUUUCAUUAUGUAAUUAACACAACGUUUUUCAAUAUUUUCUCCAGGGUACUGGUGCUGUUUGUAGACACAAGAUAUUGCAAUGCUGCAUAGCCUAUGUAUACUUAUCUGUCAUUGUAAAAAAAAAAUAUGUUAACAUGUAAAUAAAUUAUCAUACAACUUGCUCAAGGUGGAUAAAAGUCAGUUUUUGUAAUAAGUCUUAGUAACAUCGUCAAAAGAAAAUGUAAGUCAAUAAUUGAUUAAAAGGAAAA